CUAGGCAGAAGAGCGACAGUCGGGACACCCGAAACUCCAGGAGGGGGGAUAUUCCCUCACCCUCCUCUAGUGGGAUUGGGACUGUUGGCAGGUGCAAAAUCCCAGAGACCAAUGCAGCGCAUGCGUCCGCGCUGCCCGGGCUCCGCACCAGCCGCAACAUGGCGCGAGUGCCCGGCAGUGGCGAGCGGACGGGCGCAGCGGGAACAGCGGGGCCGGGGACCGGGACCGGGACGGGUGCAAGCAGUGCCCGCCGCUCUAUCCGCCGCCGCCGGGAGCGGGAGGAAGAAGGAGAAGCAGCACCCGCCGCGCCUGAUUUUGAGGCGUCCGGCCGCCUGAGCCAGAACACCCGGCUGGCCACCCGCUACGCCGUCAAGAUCUUCCGCGAUUACCUGAGCGAGAGGGAGCAGCCUUCCGACUUCGAGAGGCUGGGCAAGGAAGAGCUGUGCCGGGCGCUGCGCUCCUUCUACGCUGAGGCCAGGUCAAAGAGCGGGCAGGUGUACAGUAAAUCCUCGCUCAUCAGCAUCCGCAGCUCGCUCAACCGCUACCUGAACGAACCCCCUUACAGCCGCACCCUGGACCUGACCAAGGACCCCGAGCUCCGUAGUGCCAACCUGACACUGGCCGCCGUCAUCAGAAAACUCGAGGAGCAGGGAGCCGGUCCCGUCAUCCAGAAGCAAGCCAUCACCAGGUCCGAUCUGAGGAAACUCUACACCUCCUGCAGCUUCGAUACGAACAUGCCCUUUGGAUUGCUCAAUAAGGUCUGGUUCGAGAUCUGCAUGUACUUCUGCACAAGGGGUCGGGAGAACCAGAGGGAACUGGAGGAGGACUCCUUUGGCCUGGGCACAGAUGAGGAUGGCAGAAGAUUUGUCUAUUAUAAAGCCUGUGGACCUUAUCAUAAAUCUCGCUCGGUAACCUGGAGUAAGAAGAGAAUGUAUGAGACGGGCACAGAGUUUUGCCCUUAUGCCAGUUUUGUUAAGUAUAUUUCAAAGCGUAACCCCCUCUGUAAGGCUUUCUUUCAAAGACCAAGGGAUCAUUGCAAUGAAAGUGAUGUGACCUGGUAUGAAAACAAAGCCAUUGGAAAAAAUCUUUUGGGCACACGGAUGCAGAUGCUUUCCAAAACUGCCAAACUCUCCAAGACUUACACUAAUCAUUGCAUAGGAGCGAUGUCUGUAGCCACACUGAGCAGCAUAGCGGGCACUGGCAACAGGCUGAUGCCUCACAGAUCACCCCAAAGCACUAAUGGCUCCCAUCAACAUCACCAGCAGCCCUGCCCUUACGGCAUCCAAAACCAUGAUGGAGAGGUUGUAAGGGUGAAAGUGGAGCAGACUAUGACCCCCGCAUUUUAUCAACCUAUGUCAUCACACGACAUCAGCUGUCCACCUUCACCAAAACGAAUAUGCAUCCGGUCCUCCGAUCCCAUAGAUUCCCAGAAUGUGCUUCCAGAUGGCAACAGCUCACAGGAAUCUUUGCUUCAGGAAUCCAGUGACCGCCUUGGAUCCAAUACAUCAAUACUCAUAUCGACUAUCCAGGACAGUCGACGUAACAUGUCAAGGCCACUGCUGACCCGGUCUCCCGUGUCCCCGCUGAGCAAUCAAGGGAUCCCAACCCCGGCACAGUUGACAAAGUCCAACGCUCCAGUGCACAUUGAUGUGGGAGGUCACAUGUACACCAGCAGCCUGGCAACUUUAACUAAGUUUUCUGAUUCCAGAAUUGGUCGUCUGUUUGAUGGGACUGAACCCAUUGUUUUGGACAGCCUCAAGCAACAUUACUUCAUCGACAGGGAUGGACAAAUGUUCCGUUAUAUUUUAAACUUUCUCCGAACUUCAAAACUCCUUAUUCCCGACGACUUCAAAGAUUACAGCUUGCUUUAUGAAGAGGCCAAGUACUUCCAGCUGCAGCCCAUGCUGGUGGAACUCGAGCGGUGGAAGCAGGAGCAGGAAAUGAGCCGUUUCUCACGCCCGUGCGAAUGUCUGGUGGUGCGUGUGGCCCCUGAUUUGGGUGAGAGGAUCACCCUGAGCGGGGACAAGGCCCUGAUUGAGGAGGUGUUCCCCGAAAUUGGUGAUGUCAUGUGCAACUCCAUCAACGCAGGCUGGAAUCACGAUUCCACACACGUGAUCCGCUUCCCCCUCAAUGGAUACUGCCACCUUAACUCUGUACAGGUCCUCGAGCGGCUACAGCUGAAGGGAUUUGAAAUAGUGGGAUCCAGCGGCGGAGGCGUCGACUCUUCCCAGUUUAGCGAAUAUGUACUGAGACGGGAAAUCAGGAGAUUUUCCCGCAUUCCACCAGUCAUUCGGAUAAAACAGGAACCAUUGGACUGAACUGAUACAUCUGUGAAAUAAGGGAGCGGGAGAGAAAAUAUUUAAAAAAAUAAA